AUGAGUGGUUCUUGUUCCUCGCAACUUACGCCUACAUCUACUCUUUCAGAAGCAGGAACACCUCCAACAACGCCUUCGGACGACAGUCAUGCAGAACAACUGGGUAAUAAACAACGAAACACAGAUACGAAGUCACGAUGGAGGCCUUCAUACCAUCUGCAACCGUCCUCGUGUUGGAUGAACGACCCUUGUGCCCCUGGCUAUGACCCCAAGACAGGUCUAUACCAAAUCUCUUUCCAAUGGAACCCCAAUGGUCCGGACUGGGGCGAUAUCGCAUGGGGAACAGCCUCAUCGACAGGCAUGAUCCAUUGGGAGAUCCAGGAGACGCCUCUGUUCUCGCCUGAUCAGACUUACGAUAACAAAGGCGUAUUUACUGGCUGCAUGAUCAAUGGUCCGCGGGAUCAUCUCACUAUUGCCUACACUUUAGUAUCGAACCUACCUAUACAUCAUACGCUUCCGCAUGUGAAAGGUUCCGAGAGCCUCAGUCUUGCUGAGUCCUCCGAUGGCGGCACAACUUGGACCAAGAUUGAUGCCAACCCAAUCCUGCCGAACGAGCCCGAGGUUCUCGAUGUGACAGGCUGGCGUGAUCCUUUUGUGGCUCGCUGGACGAGCAUGGCAGAAUUUCUCGGGAGGGAUGAUGAGCGGACACUGUUCGGCAUCAUCUCUGGUGGUAUUCGAGAUAUCACACCAACAACCUUCCUCUAUGCCAUCGACAUCGCCGACCUUACCAAGUGGCAGUAUCUUGGUCCACUUGGAAACUUCGGGCUGAACUACAAAUCAUCACGAUGGUCUGGAGAUUGCGGUAGGAACUGGGAAGUGAGCAACUUCAUGACUCUCCACGACGAGGAAGAUCCUAGCCUCACACGCGAUUUCUUGGUGUGCGGCACCGAAGGUUGUAUACCGGAACGAAGACCUUCGAACUCAGGAUCAUUCGGCCCUUCACGACCUGCAAGAGGUCAGCUCUGGCUGUCAGGAUCGCUUCAACGACCGACAGGCACAGCCUCGUACAUGGGUCCAGUAGAAAUGAAGUAUGACUUCGGUGGUCAUCUCGAUCACGGCUGUCUGUACGCUGCCAAUUCAUUCUUCGAUCCGAGAACACAACAGCAGGUUGUGUGGAGUUGGAUCACUGAGGAAGAUCUUUGUGAUGAUCUUAGACACGCUCAGGGCUGGAGUGGUCUACUGUCAAUGCCACGGGAGCUGCGUUUGAUGACGAUGCACCACGUUGUAGCAGCGUCUGGUUCGGACUUGUCUUCUAUCACCUCGAUCGAGAGAGAGGAGGAUGGGCAUGGCUCGUACACGAUACGCACGCUCGCCAGCCAGCCGUACGAACCACUAACACAGAGCUUGAGACAAGCGCCCACCGUUCGGCGCACGGAUUUGAAGAGAGCAGCACUACGCAGCGGUUCGGAUACUGUCUUCACCUCCGACGCCACUCGGACCAAGUGUUGGGAACUCGAUGCAACCUUCGCAGUGGCACCAAACGCCCAGAACAUCGGCUUGAGCUUCGAUCACUCGGGUGACUUUUCUCGCUCAACGACGCUCUUCUUCGAUCAACCUUCUGAGAUCUUCAUCAUCAACCGACCUCCGUUCCCAAUUUUGAACUCAUCGGAGCUGAUCAACAGUGCUCCAGAAGUGGCACCGCAUACGCUCUUCACCACGAGACAUUCAGUAACGCGCAAAGAGACCGCGGAGAGACUUCACAUUCGUGCAUGGCGCGACACUUCAGUCUUGGAGGUGUUUGUGAAUGGCAGGACUGCGAUCAGUACGAGGCUUCAUGCGGCGGAGGAGACGUUUGGCGUGAAAUUAUUUGUUGAUGAUGUUGUUGGCGCGGCAAAUAUGUCUGGACAACAUAGCGAGUUGAUAUCGGUAACUGUAUGGGAUGGUAUAGGGAUAAAAUAG